AUUCUCACACUUCCUUUGGAUUGGUACUCUUCGAACGUUUGUCAGUUUUGAUUUUGAAAGUAACAGCGAUUUAAAGUCCGCUGUCCGCUGGUUAUAAUAUCUGAGAUCUGAGAACGUACGAGCUCCAUGCACGCCUAAUGUUCUAGGAAUUCCUGCGAUUUACGUAAAUAAUAUCGCUUAUUUCAACCGCCAUACGUCGUUAAUUUCAUUAAAUGCUAAUUAAUACGUAAAUAAUUGUUAAUAGAAGUAGCUUUCUUUAUAGAAAAAAUUGGAAUUCCUAGUUUCUGAUUGUUUAUUUGGACAUCAUGGGCAAUUAUGCGAGCAAGCUGUUGUUUUACACUAACGAAGGUCGAAAGGAACCCAUCGAGCAACAAUCAACUGUACAACAAGCAACUGCAGAAGAUAAUAAGAUGUGCACACCAAUAUUUUCUGAGAAGAGAGUGCUGGGUGAUCCACGUUCAAUCUCAGCGGGAAUUAAAAGAACCCCUAUUGAAAUUAAAUCCACUUCAGUUGGUAUAAGCAAACCUAGUGCACUCCCGAAAUAUCUACAGAAAAAACAAUAUCUUGAAACUAAUAUGGAUGCAGUGAUGCCACCGUUAACGCCUAAGAAACACUUUAGAUUGAAAUCAGUUGACAGCGAUAAAUCAGAAUCUAAUGAAGUGGAAAAUUAUUCAACACCAAAUGCUAGUGUUGCAAAGAAUAUAAAGGUAAUUACGCCAAUAGAUAAAGAACGCUUUAUAAUUUUGGGAUUAGAUCCUAGAUCUCCGGCUGCUGAUUUUGAUAGAACUCCUAUUUUACUGCCGAGAUCUCUUGCAUUAAUAAAGGCACGAUCGCAAGAAAAUCUAAGUCGCAGAGGCAGCUAUGAAACAGAUAUUUACAAUAAUUUUCAUCAAGAGAUUAGUACGUCGCUCAGUAUUCCAGAAAUAAAAUUAUCUGAAACAGUCGAAAAAAAUCUGAAAACAGAUGCAAGGGAAACAGAUACGGUGGAACAAGAUGUGUUACCCAGCACAUCUCAAUGUGAUUUUGAUUUAAGUAUUUCCAAAAGCGAGCAGGAAAUUACAGUUAUUAAGAAUCCAAAAUAUACGGAUGGGAAGAAGCAAUCAUUGAUCUUGGAUGAACAAACAAUUACAAUUAAUGAUAGUGAAAAAAAUGAGACGGAAAAGCAGGAUGAUUCCAAAAAUAUUAAAUUUAAUACAAAGAUAAAAGAUGAUAAGAUCAAAUUGUGGCACGAUUUAGUAUCGUCGGAGGAAAACGUAUCAGGUAAGGAGGAUAAGAAAGAGUUACCACAAGAAAAAGCACUGCGAGAAGAUGUAAUUAUAACAUUUGAUAAUUAUACCACGACUAGUACCUCUUUAAAAUCAACAAAAGCGAAAGAUUUUCGGAAAAAGGAAGAUAUAAAAGGAAGAAAAAAGAAUACUAAAGUAGAUGUUAAGCUUAAUGAGGAAAAAGUUUUCAUUUUUGAGAACAAACAAGGAAUUGAGAUACACGAGAAUCGAACACCUCUUGGUAAUCGAUCUAACAAUGGUCAAAUGCAAAGAAAGCCACAAUUGAGGAAUAACGCUGCUAUUAGAACAACAAUGAUGCAACAAGAAAAUACACCACCACAGAUUCAUAAUGGAAAAACUAGAAAUGGAAAUCAGUGGGAUUCCAAUUCUACGGUCCUCAUUUAAGUAAUACAUUUAAAUUAGUUAAUUUUUAUCUUGUAUGAUAACAAUAGGCAAUACAUUUUUUAGUUACUUUAUUAAGUUUAUUCAUUAAUUAGUGGCCCUUAACGCAGAAUGCACUUCUUUCGAAAUAAAUAUAUUGUAUAAUAAAUAAAGCAUCUAAAAUAAAUGAUUUUCACAAUAA